AUGCCUCGUUCUUUUCUGGUCAAGAGCAAGAGAGCAGGAUCUCACGCCACACGCUCCAGUCACUUCUACGCCUACAGCUAUGAUAGUCACCUCGCAGCUUUGCCCAGGCCCGGUAAAAGAUGCUCACCUGAAGCCCUUGACAUCCCUUCCAAAAUAACUUCCAGUUAUUCUAAUCCUCACUGGGCUCCAGAAGCAACAAUCCCUGACCCUGCUUCCCAGACUGAGAAACUGGACCUUUGGGAAACAGAUCAGUUGGAGGGUGAGACUGAGCGCCCCCCGGAGUCAGGAUCAGUGUGGUCUACUCCGACGGUAGAGACCGUGGGUUCCCGCAGAGAGCAGGAACUCGAGCGUUUGGUUCAGGUUCUGCUGAGCUACUGUCUGCAGGACAACAACUCUCCCCUGUGUGAAUGUCCUCUUUGUGAGAAGGUGCUGUCGUCGGCUGUUGGAUUAGUAACACACCUGCGCAGAUCUCACAUCAACAGGGUCACUGUUCCGUUCACCGGGUCAAGCCUUAACACAACGCAUUACAAUCCCCAGCCCCCCACUGCUUUAUACAGCAGGUCAAAAGAGCGUAGUUUUGUAUGUAAGGUGUGCGGGAAGGUGUUUAAACGUUCGUCCACGCUCUCUACUCACCUGCUGAUUCAUUCGGACACUCGACCAUACCCCUGCCAGUACUGUGGCAAAAGGUUCCAUCAGAAAUCUGACAUGAAGAAACACACCUUCAUACACACUGGUGAGAAGCCUCAUGUGUGUGUGGUUUGCGGUAAGGCGUUCAGUCAGAGCUCUAAUCUGAUCACACACUGCAGGAAGCACAGUAACUACCGACCUUUUAGCUGCCUGCACUGCCCGGUCGGCUUCCAGAGGAAAGUGGAUCUGCAGCGCCACCUUGAGACACACUGCACAAAUAACACCACCGUGCCCUACCAGAACGGCCUGAGCUGAUGGUCACGUGGCUUCAGUGUCUCCUGCUCUUUCAUGUAAUUAUACAACCAGACUGUCACGUGAUAGCUGUUUAAUGAAUAAAAUCAUACAGAC